CGGGCGAGGCGAUGCGCAAGGGGAGGGCCGCGCUCAUGGGCAAGGCGGUCGGGUACGGCAUCAUCGGCUCAGUGUUUGGGACGUGGAUUGGCGUCCAGACGGGCAAGUCGGCGGCCAACACGCUCCUCGACAAGUCGGGCCGUCGCGAGGCGAUCGACCAGGCAACCACUCGCGGCAUUGAGCGAGCGGCGGACGAGCUGAGCAAGACGAUGGGCGGCAAGGUCGAGGUGCGCCGGAGCAUGAACGGCGGCGGCCGCAUGGUGAACCCGGCGGGCGCGAGGUCGGGAGCGUCGGGCGACGAGACGCUCGGGCAGAACGAUGACGGCGAGGGUAUCGGGUACGGCGAGCCGGGCAGGGAAAUGACGCAGGAGCCGAUGAACCUCGACGGCGUUGGCUACUCGGACCGAGCGCCUCCCCAAGACCAGCUCCCGUCCCGCCUGUCCGACUCGACCAUCGCCGCCGCCACUUCGUCCUCUUCAUCCUCGUCGAGCUCGUCGCCCUCGCGGUGGGACGAGCUGCGCCGCUCGCGCGCCGCCCCUCCCUCACGAUGGGACGCCCUCCGCGAGCAGAACGCGCGCACGGGCAUGCCGCGCGGCGGGCCGAGCGACGACGGCAACGGCUACGAGCGCGAGCUCAUGGAUCCGGCGGCGCGGGACGCGGCCGACGAGCGCGCCCGCAAGCAGCGCGAGUUUGACGCGCUUUUUGCGCAGGAGGCGAGUGGAGGAGACGACUCGCUGGAGGAGCGCAGGGCGUAAAAUGAGCAGCCCGCACGUUCCCCUUUUC